CGGGACAGUCCGGCGAAGAAUCCAAGGGGGAAUUGAAUCAGCAUUCCCAGGACUCCGAUCAUGGAGCCGAUAACUUCGUGGAGUCCAGAGAGAGUGAGCGAGUGGCUCAAAGGUCUGGAGGCUCCACUGCAGAAAUACCCGUUUUCAGAGUGGCAUCUGUCAGGGAUGGAACUGCUGCAGCUGACCUCUCAGGAGCUGGAGCAGCUCGGAGUCACCAAGAUCGGACACCAGGAACUCAUACUGGAGGCUGUGGAGAAGCUCUGCGCACUGAUAUACGGUCUGGGAGGAGAGAGCCUGCGCGUCCUGACGGGGAAGCUGCGUGGCGUAGCGCACCACCUGCAGAUGAGCAUCCAGAGACGCUGGAGCCUCAGGUCCUGCAACAGUCAGAGCGACUCCAAACUGCCAGCCGGUGAACUGCAGGAGGUGCUGGACCUCAUCACGGCAGCCAAGGGCCUCUUCUCACUACUGAACAGAAACCAGUUCUCCCAGCUCAGCGGAUACACUGCCAGUAAGAACAUCAUCACACUCUGCAGGGAUCUGGGCACCACAGUGCAAAAGGACAUUACUAUCUAUGAGAAGGAGAAGGAUAUCAUUUCCAUUUGUCGGCAGCUGGUGGCAGUGUGUGACGAGAUUCUGACAGGCAGCCCCGACGCCCUGCUCUCUCACACGGCCAGACUUGAGAGUGUGGACCUGGUGCCCACUUCUCCAGGAGACCAGCUGGGAAUAGAGAUCAUCUCCACUGGCUCCAGUAAUCAUUACGUCACGGGCACAGUUGCAGAGUUCCCCGCUGACUUCUGUGAGAAGAUCUUGGCUGGAGAUGAGGUGAUCCAGGUGAAUGACCAGAUAGUGGUGGGCUGGAGUCGAAAGAACCUGGUGAAGAAACUAAAGGAGAACCCUAACGGAGUUACGCUCGUCUUAAAGAAGGUUCCAGUGUCAAUAAAAUGGAAAGAGAAGCCUCCAGAGACUGAGCCUGAGGAGGGAGAAGAGGCGGAAGAGGAGGAGGAGGAGGAGGAGGAAGAGGACGAGAAGAGACACUCCAUCUUUGACAGAGUCGCGGCCUCAGUCAGGUCCCUGUCGUUCAGGUCUGCCGUCCAUGGGCCUGAGGCCCGUCAGCUGAUGAGCCGGGAGGAAUCAGAACUCACCAGCGACAGCGGCGUGGAUGAGACAGGAACCUACACUUCACACCUCAACCACAAGGGGGCAGAGAGUGAGGAGCUGGAUCGGUCUGAAGUGAGCUCAGUACUGGAGGUAGAGGUACCAGUGGACCGCAGGUCCCCCUCCCCCCUUCCACAGGCCCUGGAGCUGGGCAGAAGCAGCAUCAGCUCCUGCCCUGAGAUGGGAGGGCACAGGGAAGAUAAAGAUGAGAGGAAGGGCUCUACAAAAGGUAAAACCACGGCAAUGAGUCGUCGGCGUGUGUCGUGCCGGGAGCUGGGCCGGCCAGACAGCGACGGCUGGCUGUGGAAGAAGCGCAAGGAGACGAGCAUGUUCAUGACCCAGAAGUGGCAGCGGUUCUGGUUCGUGCUGAAGGGGCCCACUCUCUACUGGUACACCAGCCAACAGGACGAGAAAGCGGAGGGCCUUGUCAAGAUUGGCAGUUACAGCAUUGAGAGUGCUGGAGAACACAAGAGGAAGUAUGUCUUCAAAAUGUGCCAUCAGCGCUUCCAGAAUUUCUUCUUUGCUGCAGACAACGUCAACGAAAUGAGCAAGUGGAUCAACAGCCUGAUCAGCGGCAUACAGAAACACAAGAAGCUCCACAAGGACCCACCAGACAGCGAAGAAGAGUGUUACAGUGAGACAGAAUCAGAGGACGAGGGCUCCGGGUCACCUCGAUCUCAUAAGAAAAAGGCUUACACGAAAACACAGUCCAACACACUGCCCCGCGUCGGGGGCAAAAAGCACAGGCCCUCCACAGGUAGUACAGCAACAGUUACUGCCACUGGAGGCAGCAAAGGAGCAGCUGAGGAUGAGAUGGGUGUUCUCUUCCAUCGGCUGAAAGAGGGCGGAGUCUCUCUGAUAGGCCACGCCCAGCCGAUCACGCACGAUCAUUUCCGCAAGUCUUUUAUCCGACGCAACAAGAAUCCCGUGAUCAAUGAGAAAGCACACCAGCUACGUGCACUUCAGAGCACACUCAAGGCGAAGGAGGCCGAGCUGCAGCUCAUCAAUAGGAUUCUGGAUGACUCGGACCUGACAGCCCGGAAGUUCCGGGAGUGGAAGCAGUGCAACGAAGAGCUCCUCCUGGAGAUCGAGCGUCUUUCUGCGGAGAAGGAGCGCGCCAGAACCGCUAAGGAGGAGGCCGAGACGGCAGAGGUGGCGGCCGAGGCAGAGCAGGGGUCCGACCACCGAGGUGUCGGCCACGCCACUGAGACGCAGGUUGACGACGUCACCGUUAGCGAGGGUCAGAGUGGUGCAUUUGGACUGCGGCUUAGCCUCGGAGAGGAGCUGGUGGACGCGGAGCUGCCUGGUUCGUUGGACACCACGACAACCUCAGAAACCUCUGUUUCAGUGGACCCGCUUAACCUGAGCUCGACCAGUGUGUUCUCAGACAACUACUUCUUCAUCUGAGGACUGCAAAAACGUCCGGAUAUCCACCAGGAAAUCCUCCAAAAAUCGCAUAUCUGAGGAAAGACUUUCCCUCGAAUCUAAGGACCGUACACAUUUCCCCAGAAUGUUAAUGCCACAAGAACACCGUCGGUACUAACACCCCUUAAAAGACCUGCUCCUCAGAUGACCAUGCCUUCUUCCACCAGGAAAAGGAAUAUUGAGUCUUAAUUGCCCAUGGUGAACUCUCUGUUUUGUCAUGUUAGGAGACUGUAAGCUUGAUAAAACAAAGAUCAAGGCCUUCCACAUAAUCCAAAGGUCUUUUUCUUGGUUGUAAAUGUAUUAACUAAAUAAUACAAGAUAUUGCUGUAAAAGUACCAAAUAGGCCAAAAUUGGCUUGCCCUAUGUUUUCCCCCUAAGAUGCUGAAAAAUUAUUUUAAAGAAACUAUUGUUUUAUCCCUGUGCAUCCCUAAAUGUAACAUAACAAAACACAAUAAUGUAUUGAGAAAACGUU